GUCAUGCUCAGCGACUUUUGUGUUUGUUUGAUAUAUCAAGAUUUGGCUGCUGCUCACGGAUGAGUAGUUAGAGUUAUCUGCCAUGAUGAUUGGUUGAAAAAGGGAGGUGGGUUCCUUCUGAGAAACCCUUUAUGUAUAUAGAAUAACCUAGAUACAAGAGGCAUUUUUUCCCAUCUUUUCUUACCUUCAAAAUACCAGCCAUGCAUUUCCAGCAAGGUAAUACAUCUCAGAUGAAGCCGAAAUGAAUUGAAAAAGAUACAAUAUUACUGAAAUGGUAGAGAAAUACAAUAGCCAUCCUUCCCUUGUUAGUAAGCGUCUGUUCUUUGGUAUUAGUAGUGGCUACUGAAUCGAACAUGACGUACAAAGUCAUUGCUAAUAUUCCUGAUAGUCAAACGAUCGCUGUUGUUCUCGAUGACCGCCAAGUAUACCUUUUAAAUGAUACCCAUGAAGCGACCUCUUUACUUCAUAUGGGCAAAGCACCUCGACCCUCCAAUGACUAUAAAUAUGUCAUUCUCGACAAAGAUACCAAGGAUAUGAUUCGUCAAGAACCCUUUACUCGUGUAGCUCCUUUUGCUAGCACAGAGAGCACGCUGAACGAGCACUUUAGCAUAUCGUGGAAUAGGGCGGAUGAAUAUCAACUGGUCAACGUCUUUGAUCCAUUACCAGUGAUUCGUCGUAUUGAAUCAAAAAUUCAUGUUCAAGGGCAGAUACCUACUCUACAUAUUACCGGCAACCCAUCUGAUAUUGACUCUCUUCACCACCAUCAGCUAGAGGAUAUCGACGUUGAAGAUUUACAAAUGAUCUACAUCAGUGUGAAUGAAGUGAAAACGUUUGAUCAUGUUAAAUUAUCAAUAUCUGGACGAAGUACACGUUUGAUGCCCAAGCUGGGAUACGCGAUUCAACUUUCUAAAAAGCAAGAGCUCUACGGUCAUCGUCGGUUUAAACUGAGAGCAAGUGCUGCUGAUCCGACUUUUAUGACCGAAAAUAUGGGGUACAGCAUGGCCAAUGCGAUGGGUCUCCCUGCCUCUCAGUAUAGUUACGUGCGUCUUUAUAUCAAUCAGCAGUCGAUCGGAUUAUUUGGGUUUGUUGAGCAUUUGAAGAAUCCUUGGGUUAGAAAUGAGUUUGGGAAUGGCGACAAGGAUUAUCAGCAAGGCACGCUUUGGGUGGGACAAAAUUCCUUCAAUAAGACAGAGGUGAGUCAAGGCGAAUCCUCUACUACCACGAAUCGCCUUUCGAAUAAGACGCAGCAACAGCUACAUGCUGACUUUUCUUACUUUGGCAGAGACAAUGUUGGUUUGUACCAGACAUUCUAUCCAGUCAAGGAAAAACCUUCCAAGGGCGAACCUGAUUACUCACGCCUCAUUGACUUUACAGAGUUUUUAUCAAAGCAACCCGAUACCAUCGUCACCCAUCCUUCUGUUGUGGAUGCAUGGGAGCAUCACAUCGAUGUAGAGAGCUUCUUACGCACGAUGGCACUGGAUCUGCUGACGAUGGAUACGGACGGCUUUGUGGCCAAUAAUAACAAUUUUCUCUUGUACGACGAUGUAGAAAGAAAGCAGCUUGUGUUGUCUGAACAAGAUUUCGACUUGAGCUGUGGCAUUGUCUUGCCUCAGUACAAUGCUUCUCGAGUGUGGGGCGGCAAUUACUCUGAAUUUCCCGGCAUGGAAACACAACCUUUAAGCUCAAAAAUACUUCAAGUGCCAGCCUUUAGAGAAAAGUUUGACGAAUUGAUGCGUCAUGCCACGCAGCAGCUGUUUACGAGCGGCGCGGUACGAAAGCGCAUUGAUACACUUUACGCGAUGCUUCAAGAAGAUGUGGCGUGGGAUAAGAGUCUACCUCCUGUUGGUGAAUUUAAAUGGAAGCUACCAGCGAAUAUGUCGUCGAUGAUGUCGGAUGCUAUGAUGAAGGGUGUUCCAUUCGAACAAGCCGUCUAUGGACCUGCGUCUAUGCCGAUACAGACGCCUAUUGCUGAAUGGGCUCGAUUGCGCGGUGAGAAUCUUGAAGCAUUUAUUCAGCAAACUACUGGCCAACCAUACGCUCUUGCCCAACAGCCUAUAAAGCAAAACUAAAUCAAACUCAUCUAUCCUAGAGCCCAUUUAUUUCUAUUUGACUUUUUGAUCCGCUCAAAAAUGAUUGGGCGACCUUGAAGACCCUUAAAUUAGAAAAAUGGAUCGACGCACAAGCCAUAAGAGUGAGGGGGGUGGGUUUUUCUGGG